CCCGCGCAAGAGUUAUUCUAUAUAAGCACAUCAACUCUCUUUAUUUCUUCUACUCUGCAAUUCCAUUUCCAUAUACAACCAACUUCUUCUAUAUGGACAAUAACCCAUUUGCUGCGCUUUCUGACUCCCCACCGACUCUGAUUAUCGCCGUGAAACCGGACCCCAAGAGCAACGAACUACGUCAGUCUUCUCAAGAACAGAAACCGAGAGUAGGAAAAAAUAAAAGAUCAAAGGGAAUCCCCAAAACCAACUAACCUGCUCUCUCUCUCUGCUUAUUCUCUCUACUCUCUCUCUCUCUCUACUCUCUCUCUCUCUCUCUGCUCUCUCUCUCUCCCCUCUCUCUCACAUGGGUUCUUUCCCAAAGUUUGUGCUGCUUAAUGAGGCCUUUAAGGUCUCUAUUAUCGAUAAUCUUGACAAUGCUGUUGAAGAUACUGUCUUCAGAGUCAAGGAUUUAGUGGGUUCUCAGCUUUCUCACAAUCUUGAGUUUCAUUUGGGAGAUAUCAGAAAUAAGGAUGAUUUGGAGAAGCUAUUUUCGAAAAAUAAAUCAUGGUAUGUUGUUGACAUAUGGGGGCUUAAGGCUGUCGGGGAGAGUGUUGCUCAUCCUUUCCGUUACUUCAGUAACAAUUCGGCCGAAUCAAUCACUUUGUAUGAGACAAUGGCCAAGUAUAACUGCAAGAAGACAUGGUUUCUCCUAAAGAUUUAUGAAGAGUUACAAGCCAUGAAUCCAUAUGGGCGCACUAAGCUUUUCCUUGAAGAAAUUGCUCGGGACAUUCAGAAGGCGGAUUCAGACCGAAGAAUCAUUUUGCUAAGGUACUUUAACCCUGUUGGGGGCCAUGAGAAUGGAAAAAUUGUCGAAAAUCCAAAGGGCAUUCCAAACAAUCUUUUGCCUUAUAUACAACAAGUAGCUGUGGGCAGAUUACCUGAGUUAAAUGUAUAUGGUCAUGACUAUCCCACACCAGAUGGUACUGCGAUCCGUGAUUACAUCCAUGUUAUGGAUUUAGCAUAUGGUCAUAUUGUGGCACUCCAGAAGCUCUUAUCAGAUGAUAUAGGUUGUAUUGCCUACAAUCUGGGGACUGGCCGUGGUACAUCUGUGCUUGAAAUGGUUGCGGCAUUUGAGAAAGCAUCUGGAAAGAAAAUCCCUUUAAAGCUUUGUGCAAAGAGGCCGGGAGAUGCUACAGCUGUUUAUGCAUCAACUGAGAAAGCAGAGAAAGAGCUUUGUUGGAAGGCAAAGUAUGGUGUCAAGGAAUGUGCUGUGAACAAGAUCCAAGCCUGAAUAGCAACACCCAAAGAAAUAUACAGCGUCUGCACAGUGGUUAUUGAACCCCUAACGUACUAGAAAGGGUUUGCUAUGCUUCUCCAGAUAUGCACUAUACUGUCAAUUUGUUUUCUGUGAAUCAAAAUGGUUUACAAGAAAUUUGUAAAUGCAAAGAACAAUACCAGUGAACUAAUGUGAAGUUUGUGAUAAACGAGGUUUUGCCAGUUAAUCAUUGAUCCUUUGAAUAUGCUGUUGUAAAGUAGUGAGAAAAAUAAUAGUUACAGGAGUGGCAGAUUGCUUGGAAUUGCUUUUGGAUCGUUCGUUUUAUUAUCUCUGUAGGUUUUCUAUAGAUUGU